AUGAAAAUCCUGAUGACUGCAAAGCUUUUACUCUGGUCAACUCUUGUGGCUGCAUCAGCAGCACAUUUGAAAGCAGAGGAUGCACGGGAUGUGCAGUAAGUGAAAAUAUAGAAUAAAUAUGUAAGUGGUAAAUGAAGUUUGGAAAUAAAACAACUCACCUCUUAAGGGAAAGGUAUGAGCUUAGAGUCGUAUCAUCAAAAUUUUAUUAGCUUAGACAUCAAGAAGCAUUUUGAUCUUUCGAAAUCGGUAAUGUGUUUGUCAUGAAAGAUUCUAUCCCGAUAGGGUUGUAAUGUGCGUCAGCUCUAAUGCCUUUUAUUUCUGCGUAAACAAUUGGUAUUUUCCCUCACGCAACACUCAUUAAAUUAAAUCAUUAGCUAUCUUCUUAGCAUUACUUUGUCCUUUUGAGGUUAUUACAAAUUAGUGUUCUGUAUAGCAUUAAAAUUUCAACGUUUUACUCUGCGUUAAAAAACCGAGGAUGACAAUAGAAGUGUUGAAACGUAACAAAAAUAUAACGUGUUGUCUUUAUUCUUAAAAAAUCUGCAAAACUCUACCUAUACCGGCUUGUUAAGAUUCCCAGGAGAAACCCAACCGUUUGAAAACUGUCUUCCAAUAUUUUGAAAACUCAAUUCAUAUUAAUAAUUAUUUGUCUUUGUUCAGACUAUUUUCUGCUUCCAUCGACUGUCUUUCCUCUUACAAAACUACAGACGAAGUUAUGUGCGACUUCAGCCUGACAAACAACGGUGAAAGCGCAUAUUCGGUGCUAAAAUGGAAUACACCGCUGAACGACUUAGCCCUGGACGGUCUAACUGUCAGCCGAGACGGGGAAGAGCUGAGUCCACAAGGUAUCAGAAUGAAGCGUGAAGAUCCAGCUGCGAGCGAUUUCUUGACCAUUGCUCCUGGAGAAACCGUCUCAUCAAAGUUCGAUCUUUCUUCUGAAUACGACACUACUAAGGCCGCAGAAUACACUGUUGCAGUAGACCUGUAUUUGGAGUAUGUCAAGGGAAGUGUUGGAAGUCCGGAAGAAAGUGAACUAUUUUAUCUUUCUUCUUCUGAUGUUAGUUUCCAAGUAGCUUAA